CGUCAUUCAUGACAGCCAUUCAUCGGGUCGCUCAUUCAGUGCUUGAGUGUGCAAGAGUGAAGACGUACAAUAAAUCGCUCUGUUUUAUUUAGUAAACCGGUCUCUUCUUUGGCUAAUCACACGUAAUAAAACAUGGUGUCAGAAGUAGUCGUGGUUUAGUGACAGUUUUCCGGCGUCAUUUUACAUCGCGGAAGUUACUGUGCGGAAAAAACUUUGUUCGAGUGGCGAAACAAUCAUUCGCGAAAGUUCCGGAAUAGCGUUGCGUGAUUCGUUCAGCGGACGUGUUCGGACUUGUUCGGCGGCCAUAUUUGUAUUCGUUUCCACGUUGAAAAAGUGUCUUUCCGGAAGUGAAAAAAAUGGAUGCAAAACAAUUUGCUAAGUUUAUGGCGUCCAUGGAGAAACUUCUAGGCUCGUUUAAGAGCAUGGCCGGGCAAGCUGCGGCCGGUACGAGUACAGCUGGUGGAAGCGCGAUUGGUGGAAGUGUUACCAUUCCGUUUAUUCCUCUUCCGCCCCCGUUGGAGCUAGAGGGCGACAUGGAAAGGAACUACAACUUCUUUGAGAACGGUUGGAAGAAUUAUACGAGUGCCGUCGGAAUGGAUGCGUGGCCAGUUGAGCGGAACAAGCAGAAGACAAGUGUGUUGCUGUCUGUGAUUGGCCAAGCGGCGCUCAAGAAGUAUUUUAACUUCGAGCUGACCGAAGUGCAACAGGGUGACCCGGCGCUGGCGCUGUCUGCGAUCAAAGCGAAGGUGGUUCGAGAACGAAAUCCGAUCAUCGAUUGGACUGAGUUUUUCUCGAUGGAGCAGUGGGAGGAGGAGAGCGUUGACGACUUCGUGGGACGAUUGAAGGCAUUGGCAAAGCUCUGUAAGUUUGGCGUGCUGGAGGCGGAAAUGGUGAAAUUCAAAAUUGUCACAUCCAACAAAUGGUCCCAUUUGCGUGCGACGCUGCUCACGGCCCAGAACCUUACAGAGGCGAUAGUAGUGGAUCUGUGUCGCGCUGAAGAAGUUUCGGAAAGGCACAGAAAAGCAGUGAGCAGUUCGAGCGUCGGCGUCAACAAGGUGAGGCGAAUGGCGAGAAAGUGCAAGUUCUGCGGCGGUCGGCAUGAGUUUGUCAAGGGUGUCUGUCCAGCUCUGGGGAAGAAGUGUAAUCGGUGCGGCGGGAAGAAUCACUUUGAGAAGGCAUGCAAGAACGAUCGGAAGAAGCGGUCGAAGAAGAAGGUGAAGGAUGUGUAUGGACUCAGCGGUGAUUCGGCACAAACCAGCGAAGAAAGUGACUCAGAGCCGGAAAGCAGCGAUGCUGCGAACAUCGGGCAGAUCUACGACAAGUCCAGUUAUGGUGGCCACGUGCAAGCGGAUCUGGAUCUCUUCGUCGGUGAGACAUGGCAGUCUGUUCAAUGUGAGUUGGACACCGGUGCGAACGCCAGUCUGGUUGGCCGAGAUUGGCUAAUCAGAGUUGGCGGACAAAACAGCCCACAGUUGCUGCCAUCGAGAUGCCGCCUACAAAGCUUUGGUGGUGGCCACAUUCCUGUCCUGGGAGAGGUGAAGAUCCCGUGCCAUCGCAACGGACGUAAGUACAAUCUCUCGUUACAAGUGGUUGACGUCGAGCAUGGCCCUCUCCUGUCUGCGCAAGUCUGCAAGAAAUUGGGAUUCGUAAAGUUCUGCAAUUCAGUGUCCGCAUCUGCACCGCACUAUCCCAAUGACCUGAUCGCCAUCCACCGCAUAAAAGCUCAAGAUUCUCAGCUGAUCGACUCCGGCAAAGAAUACCGCCAGAAGGAUGUACCAAGCCGGAUGCAACAGAAGCCAGUUCACGUCUGCAAGCAGCCACGUAAGGAGCCCCAAACGUCCAAGCAGAAUCUCGACCAGUCAACGACGCAGAUUGGAAAAGCUGUUGUAUCGGUUGCAGAUCAAGAAGCGGUCAGGGUAUGGACCAACGGUGUCCGAUCAGCGGAAGAGCCAAACACGCUUAAGCUGCCAGUUCCCAUGGAGAUGCCGAACAGGCUGAAGAGAAAUUCAGUGAUUCCAGUUUUCGAACAUAAGGUUCAGGAGAAUUUUAUUUUUGUUUAAAGCAGGGAAGAUGUUAUAUUAUGCGUCAUUUGUGUAAGACCCCCAAACGUAGUUUGUGAACAUCCCCUGAAACGUCAUUCAUGACAGCCAUUCAUUGGGUCGCUCAUUCAGUGCUUGAGUGUGCAAGAGUGAAGACGUACAAUAAAU